AGCGGUCUAAGUUUUUUUUCCAGGAGAACUGCCUCCACCGCCGCUGCCAGAUUUUGCUUUCCUUUCCUUCAAGCGUCCGGUUCGACCUCCGGGUCUCCUUUCCUCCCAGGCAGCGAGAAUCAGAUCAGAUUUUGCUGGGCCAUGGUACUGUGGAGGCAAAGAUAGUGGACUUGUGAUUAGGCAGUCAGAUGCAUACUCUUGUUGCUGAACUGGGCAGAGGCAGCGUGCGAAACUUUUAUGUUGGUGUUCCAUGCAGUUCGGCGUCGUGGAACAAUAUACUGGGAGUUAAUCUGAUUCAAAAGCCAUCAUUUUCUGAAUGGUUUGGUGGCCCUGAGAUUGCAGCUAGUGGAGGUGAAGGGCCAGCGUCAGAGGGGACAUGGCAUAUGAUGGCCCAGUAGCCUUUGCUGAGCAGAUGUGUACUUUGCGCUUACAGCUGCAGGUGCAUGCUAGGUGUUUGUUGGUUUGUUGAGCAGUGCUCUGACAGCUGCAAAUCUUGCAAGUUGUUAGCCAGUUCCAUAUCUCAGUGUCCAUCCAUGGUAUGCGUGAUUUCAAGCAUCGCAUGUGUCAGCCAUUUCGUGGUAUCUUCCUUGCAUUUUCCAACGGGCCUAUAUCCAUUUUUGGGUGAAGGGUGAUUAGCUUUAAUGUGAGUUAAAAUGCAUGGCUUAUUCGGUCUUUUUUCAGGGAGAGACUCUCCCCUGAUGGUUUACUUCAACAUCCAUGACACGAACAUAACUAGAUGCAUCAAUAUUUUUACUUACCAAGGACAAUUCUUGAGCUCAUGCUGUGUCAUCUGUCACUGACCUGAUUUCCGAACAUUUCAGGUUUGCCGGUCGAUUUGAUCGUAAUUCGACAGUUCUAUCUUUUUUCAUUCUGAUUCCAGAUUCAUCUUUGUUUGAACAACGUGCAGCAGCCUUUCUCCGAAAGGUCGUCUCCGACACUUCUCCAUGUGUGAAGAUUUGCUUACCUACCUCAACGUUUCUAUGUAAUAGUAUGCCUCUGAGGCCAUAAAAGAAAAAUUUUACGGACCCGCACUGCUUACACUUGGGAUGCUUUCGUCUCGUGGAUGGGUUGUUGCCGUGGAUUUAUAGAAAAGGGAAAAGCCGGCGCCUAUGCAGAUAUGCUGGAGGGGAAUGUGAUGGUUGAGCAUGAGGAAGGUGCAGUGCUAUGAUUUUUGGAGGUUAUCUGGGUCGAAUUCUGCUGGGGUUGUGCUGAUCGGUUUGUCGGGAAUGGAAAUGGCAUGAUGACCCCAUGGGGCUCUCGAUCCGCUAGCACAUUUCAGACAUGGAUGGUGCUUUGCUUAAAAUGCCUUGAACCAUUGGAGAGAAUCGGUGCUACGUCGCAUCACCAAUCACGCAACCGGCAGUGUUGGCUGGAGCAAAAAUCUGGUCCAAAGGAAAUCUCGUCAAAAUCAUUUAUCACAUUGUCUGCAGCUAGCUGCAAUAACAUCGCAUGCCAGUUGCCAGAACACUCAUGGUGUGUGUGUCUCCUGCCCUGUGUAACCCACUGCUAUUGCUGAUAGCUACACACAAACACAACCCACGCACAUGCUCUGCCUAGAGCCUCUCUUCCUUCUGCUAUAAAUCCGUGGUCUGCUUGACACACAAACUUCGUCAUCUCAUCUGCAAGCAGCAGCAUCUACACAUCUUUCAGAGUUCAGACCUUCAGCGCCAAAGUGCAAUUUAGCCAGCCAAGAACACAGCAGAAUUUGUCAACCAUGAUCCAUCCAAGGAAACUUGCUCAGUUGGCCAAGAAGUUGCAGAGGAAGGUGGCUGCUGGAGCCGGUGGCCAGCAGGCCGACAGCGAGUGCUGCAGCACGGCGUUGGUCGCUGACAAGGGCCACUGCGUGGUGUACACUGCUGACGGGGCGCGGUUCGAGGUGCCGCUGGCGUACCUCGGCACGACAGUCUUCAGCGAGCUCCUGCGGAUGUCUGGAGAGGAGUUUGGCUUCGCGAGCGGUGGCGAAAGAAUCACACUGCCGUGCGAUGCCAUGGCGAUGGAGUAUGUCCUGUGCCUGGUCAGGAGAGAGGCCUCCAAGGAGGUCGAGAGGGCGUUCUUGAGCUCCAUCGCUGGGCACUGCGUGGCACCAUCGAUGGGACUCCACCAUCAAUUUGCUCUCUGCACGUAGCUUAGCUACUCUUAGUACUGUACCAUUUUGUAGCGUUGCAAGAACUUUGCAUAGCCUGAUGUGAGGUUCUUCUAUUGAUUGUCACAAGGAAUUAUACUUAGAAAAAAUGUUUCUUUUCAUGGAGAAAUUUAAUCACUUGCCGUUGCAAAGCC